AAUUUAUUUCUUAUUCCGUUCUUUACUUUAAAACGAGUUAAACUUCGAUCGAUCGAACUCGAUUUCGGAGCGAUAAUGGUGAAUCAAACGCAAUGUUUGAGAAUUUGCGUGUUUCUGUUUAGCGCCGUCAAUUGGUCGGUCUCCAUCGUGGUUCUAUUCUACUACGCCCUAACACAAUCGGACGACGAUAUUAUAGAAGUUAUGGUGAACAACAUUUCGUAUCGCCAUUCUUUCGUACUCUUGCUGUCCUGCUCCAUUCUCGUGACUUUUUUCGGAGUGAUCGGUUGCUGGGGCGCUUUGGAUAUCGAACGCGUCGCUCUCUGCUUGUACACCGUCGCCUCCAUUCUUAUAAUCGCUUUGCAGAUUUUGACGUUGAUUUUACUCUUCGAUUGGAAGAAAACAUUAGAAGGUGACAUAAAAAACUUCACCAGAGCGACGGUAACUCGCUAUUACUCCGAAGAAAAAAGUACAGUCUCGUCUAAAGCUAUGGACGUGACCCAAAGAAACUUCGAAUGUUGCGGAGAACGGGACUACCUGGACUGGGUGGGAUCGAAGUGGUGGAGAGAAGAAAGAAGAAGAAACGGCACGGCGGUAGUACCCCUUAGUUGUUGCGUCAGAGAUAACUUCGACGCGUGUAACACGGGAUUGCCUCCUUACAGAGACGUCUUCUUCAAAUUAGAAAUAUACAUUUACGUAAGUGUUCGGUAUUCCGCCGUUCUUCCGCUUUGGCUUACUUCGUUACACUUUACAGGGAUGUUCGCCCCUGCUGAUCAAAUGGGCAGAAAUCAAACAGACUCUAUUCGUGCUGCUGAGCAGUACCUUUGUCAUUUUGUUUUCUGGAGGAAUCGUCUGCACAAUUUAUCUCAUGUGGAUGGUGCGCUGAGUAUUCGCAAUUAAACGUUUCGUCUUUUUAUUUGUGUUACGUCCUCCGGGUUAAUCAGAAUGCUACUUUUAGCGAAACGCAGAGAUCAAAGCCUGUUGCUUCUCGCUCCGGACGAUCGAUAACUCGCUCCAAAGUUAGCCUAACGAGAUCAACGGAAACACUAGUUACGUCAUCGACGGACUUGUUUCCUUUAUUCUCCCUACACAAACCUCGCCGUUUGAUUUUACAAUUAGUGUGUCUCGUAAACAGGCGUCGAGUCAAAUACGUACUGUGCAGGGGUUUAUAACGAAAUACACACCUUUCACUACCGAAAUGGCCGUUUUUAGUGUCUUCGAGUCCGGAUCUCUAAUUUAUAAUUGAAAUUUCAUUUUGUUCGAUUCUGCUAUAAGUAACGAGGCGUUUCUCGUCGAUGGGAGCUGGGAAAUGCCCUCUCCACCUUGUUUUUUCCUCUUCUUUUUCAAUUUGUUAGUCUUUGUAAACAAAUAGCUAAAAAUUAAAGUGUAAUUGAAUUUCAAACCGGAA